GCAAGUCCCAACCCUAAUUAACCCUCUUUACGAACUAGUAUAAAACCAACACAACCCCAUCUCCACUCUUCCCAUCUCCCAAUCUCUCUCUCUCUACCUGCUCUCUCUUUCUCUCUCUACAAUCAGUAUCCAUUGUGAAUGGUGGAAAUCUCCAGCAAUCGGUUAAUGAUCGCCCCUUUCAACUCAAGGGGGAUCUCUGUUGCCUCUGGUUUCUCCUUCGCUUGCUGCAAGGAAGUCUGGUACUAUCGCUGCCUCGGCCUCGACCCCUAAACGAAACCCUCCCCAAUUUUUUCUCUCAAGAAAAAAAACCCUUGUCCUCUCUCGCUCUCUAGAUAGCUUUCGCAAUUCAAUUUCUUCAGUUUUGUUUAUCUGAAUUUUUUGAUUCGCAAUCAUGAUUCUGAACAAGCAAAAGAAGAACCAAGCUGCCAAGGGCAAUCGGCUCUUGAUCAGCAUUACCGUUAUGGGAAGUGCCGGUCCGAUCCGUUUCGUCGUCAAUGAAGAAGAGGUCGUCGCCGCCGUCAUGGACACCGCGCUCAAAUCGUAUGCUCGCGAGGGACGCCUGCCGGUUCUCGGCUCUGAUUUCAACAAAUUCGUGCUUUAUUGCCCCAAUGCUGGAACAGAAGUUUUGAGUCCAUGGGAGACAAUUGGGUCGCUGGGAUGCCGGAAUUUCAUGCUCUGCAAGAAACCGGAUGUCGACAACGGAAAGGCGGCGCCGGCAGUGAUUGACAGGAAGGGCAGUGGAAGUUGGAAGGCAUGGUUCACUAAGUCUAAGUCUCUCAAUCUCAGAAUUUCCACCCAUUGAGUUCCUUUGAAUUGCAGAAUAUUAUCAUCCUCUGUCCUUUAAUGCAUUAUUCUGUUUAGGAAUGCUUUGGGUUUGAAUUUAUGCUCAAUGAAUAAAUUGUUACCUUUGAGAGGGUAAUUUUCUUGACACAA